AGGACUGACUGGACUGAGAAGGCUCAAAGCAGCCAGAAGGACAGCCAAUGGGUUGACACCCAGCUGGUGCCCUACCUGGAAGGGGAGCAGCUUAAACUCUGUGUCCAUGAGCGUGACUUCACCCCUGGCCACUGGAUCAUUGACAACAUCAUCAGAUGUGUGGAACAAAGCUACAAGACUCUCUUUGUGCUCUCCAAUAAUUUUGUCCAGAGCGAGUGGUGCAACUAUGAGCUCUUCUUCGCCCAGCAUUGGGCUAUGGGCAUCCAGCAAGACUCACUAGUCUUUAUCCUGUUGGAACCCAUUCCUGCUGACUCCCUUCCCAAAAAGUUUCUAAAGUUAAGGAAACUGCUAUGGCAGCAGACUUACUUGGAGUGGCCUGGAGAAAACUCACACAGGCAGACAUUGUUUUGGACCAGAGUGAAAGCCUUGCUGAAAGUGUCCCAUCAGAGCACGACACUAGAGCGAGUAGCUAAGGAGGUAGCCAGUCUGUGUCCCCUACUGAAUGACACUGACUAA